AUGGGUGACGCUGAACAGUCGCCGCUCACUGUUACUUUGCGCGUUCCGUCCUCGCAAAGCCCAGUUUCCCUCACACUUACGGCAAAUUCUUUGUUGAUCAAAGGGUCGAAUCUUCAACACGUCCCGCUUUUACACGUCCUCAAGGCUCAUUUCGAUCCCGAGUCUAGAAUUCUCAAUGUAGCCUAUUUGGCAGAACGUGGGGGAAAAAAGCACUCGCCUUUGGUUAACAUUGAAGGCAAAGUCGAGGACGGAAACGCCGUUUCCACAACAGCGAGUUGGGCAGAAAAUGUUUUGCAGGCUUGCUACGAAGGUCUUUCUGUUGAACGCUCACGUCGAUUACUAGUUUUUGUCAAUCCCCACGGUGGCACGAAAAAGGCGGUCUCAAUCUUUGUUAAGGUUGUUGAGCCCAUUUUCCGCGCGGCAGGUUGUGGACUGGACGUUAUUUAUACGACCCACCAGGGCCAUGCCUACGAAGUUGUGAAGGAAUCACCGCUUGAAUAUGCUGCUAUCAUCACAGUUUCUGGUGACGGUUUGAUCCACGAAGUGAUCAACGGACUUUCUCAUCACGGAAACCCUAUCAAGGCGUUGUCUACGCCUGUCGCUCCUAUACCCGCUGGAUCAGGCAAUGGCCUGUCUCUGAAUUUGUUGGGAAUCAAGGAUGGCUUUGAUGUCGGACUUGCAGCGUUGAAUGUAAUCAAAGGUCGACCCAUGAAGGUCGAUUUGUUUUCCAUGACGCAAGGGGGAAAGCGUAGCCUAUCCUUUAUGUCGCAAGCUCUAGGUCUAAUGGCGGAUCUUGACCUUGGAACGGAACACCUUCGCUGGAUGGGAGAUACACGCUUUAUGGUCGGCCUUUUGAAAGGAAUCGCUCAGCUAAAGCCAUGCCCCAUUCAAUUAUCUUUCAAGGUCGCUGAGACAGAUAAACAUAAGAUGGCUGAACAUCUUGUGACUAGUCGAAAGGAGUUUGAAAAGGACAACAUCUCUGGCUCUCUGCCAAGUAAUUCAAUAACAAAGAUGCCCGAGAGGAGUGCCCUUCCACCACUUAAUUACCUCCCUGACGACGCCGAUGGGUGGACGUCGUUCAACGAGCCCCUCAUAUAUGUCUACGCAGGAAAAGGACCAUAUGUUGGGAGAGAUUUUAUGGCCUUCCCGGUGUCAUUGCCGAAUGACGGACUCAUAGAUGUGUCGGUUAUGCCACUGUCUCCGCGCAUGGAUAUAUUGGCGGCAAUAAGCGGCGCCGCUGAAGGGGAGAAUUAUUGGAAAUCCAGUAUCAAAUACGUGAAAGCACACGCGUACAGGGUGAAACCAUUGAAGCCAAAGGGAAAUUUGUCAGUUGACGGAGAAUCGUUCCCUUUCGAGGAGUUUCAAGUCGAGGUUCAUCAGGGUCUAGGAAGGUUUUUAAGCAUGUAUGGUCAAUAUGCUGUCGACUUUGCUUCACAAAAUCCCGCAAGCGGCCAAUUCGAUUGA